CUGAGACGGUCCGCUUGCUGGCUCGCAGCUGCAGACUUUUCCUCGUCAGAACAGAACCAGGACAGGACGGAGCCCCGCUUUACGUCCCGCGGAACUGCGUCCAAAACAAGAUGAGAUGACCAUCAGAGUUAAAAGACACCCCAAGAGGAAGUUCCACCGGCAUCUGUUUGUUUUAGUGGUGUAGAUGAGGCGGCUGGGCGCUGAGGACGUCUCCCCGGGGGGGAAAGCGACGCAGCCCCGGGGCUGCGAGCAGCCAGCAUCCCUCCCCACCAGCGCUCCUGCAGCCUCCACAAGCCCCUCUCAGGCCCAAGUUAAAAAUGCCUGUGGACCUGCUGCCUGAACCUUCCUGCAAAAGUGACUUGGUUUUAGACAUCUUGCAACCAAAGAAACUUUUUGAAAAACCUUAAUUGCCAGUGCUUGCAGCCGUCAGUUUCCUUCCUGUUAAACGUCCUGGCUUUUGCUGCCGCUCAGCACUUCCUCAUCUCCUCUAAAGGAUGUUUCACGGCUGCCAUGUAGCAGAUGCUGAUCUCUGACCUCUGUGGAAGAAAUACAGCAGAAAGACCAUCUCCCCUGCAGCGGCCUGACACACUGUCAAAGUAUUCAUCAAAUAGUUGAGUCUUCGCAUCCAACACAAGACCUUCAGCCUAACACCAGGCACCUCCACCUCUCCUUCACCACCCCAGUACGAUGCUCGGCGCUCUCAUGCUGCGGAAGAACAUGUCGCAGAAGCUGAGUGUGCUGCUGCUGGCAUUUGGCCUGGCAUGGGGACUCAUGCUGCUGCGCUACACUGUCCAGCAGCCUCGCCAUCAAAGCAGCGCUCAGCUGCGCGAGCAAAUACUAGAGCUCAGUCAGCGAUAUGUCAAGGUCCUGACAGAGGAGAACCAAAACGCACCAGGCGGCCCACAAGGAACCUCCAUGGCAGGUUAUGCCGAUCUGAAGAGGACUAUAGCUGUGUUACUGGAUGACAUUUUGACGCGUCUGGUCAAACUGGAGGGGAGAAUUGAACUGAUGGUCAAUGCUUCCUCCACGAACACCUCCCACACGGCAGGGGGCAUCCUCGCCUCUGCUGGCGUCGCGCCGCAGAAAGCUUCAAAGCAGGAGGCACCUGGCAUCCAACCCCGGCCGUCACGUGCUCACCCGCACAUCCUGAACAGACUUCGACCACAUUAAAAGGAUUUCUUUGUUUCCUGUUUUUUUUUUUUUUGAACAAUUCCCAUUUUCCCAUCAUUUAUUACUGAUGUAACAUGAAGAGCAAUAGCAAUAUGUAACGACAUCCUGAAUCUUAAAAGGGGGGGGAUGCAUUAAGGAGCUCAUCGGUCAUCUCAGAGAAGACAAAGGAGCUCUUUAUUCUCUUACCAUAUCAUAAAAUCAAGAUUAUGCGAUACCCUUUUAUUUUUGCAUUAUUGAAUUUCUUCUAAUUUCCUUUCUUCUUU